AUCCAAGCAUGCCACAACAGCCGUGCCUAGGUAUCCGCCUUUCCUCCCCCAAAGUCACCGCAGGCGCAGCAGCAGCAGCAGGCUUCCCCGAUCCGCGGCAGCUCCGAGCCUCCUCCACCGAGUGAUGCCACUGCUGCAGCGGGAGGAGCGCCCAGCUGCCACCGCGUUCACUGACGCUUGCCAGAGGACCCGACAGCACCACCAUCUCGGCCUUUGACAGAAGACGACAGAGCAUCCCCUUCCACCCCCCAACCCUCCUCCUCUUCCCACUCCCCCCUCAUCUCCUCCCUCCACUCCAUCGGCUCUGCUCCCGUCCCGACUCCAGGAUGUCCGACAGCAACGCAAGUCCGACGGACCGGGUGAUCAAAUCGGUCCCCUUCCCCCUGGCCCACCGGCUGACCAUGAAGGAGGUGUUUGACUCGGAGGGCCGCCCGCGGGUGGACCUGCUCAAAGCUCACCUCACAAAGGAGGGCCGGCUGGAGGAGGCCGUGGCCCUGCGCAUCAUCGAUGAGGGCGCCGCCAUCCUGCGCCAGGAGCGCACCAUGUUGGAUAUUGAGGCGCCAGUCACGGUGUGCGGCGAUAUCCACGGCCAGUUCUUCGACCUGAUGAAGCUAUUCGAAGUGGGAGGUUCUCCUGCCAACACACGCUACCUCUUCCUUGGGGACUAUGUGGACAGGGGCUACUUCAGUAUUGAGUGUGUGCUCUACCUGUGGUCACUGAAAAUCCUCUACCCAAAGACGCUCUUUCUUCUACGAGGAAACCAUGAAUGUAGACAUCUGACAGAAUAUUUUACCUUCAAACAAGAAUGUAAGAUCAAGUACUCAGAACAGGUGUACGAUUCCUGCAUGGAGGCGUUUGACUGCCUUCCCCUGGCGGCGCUGAUGAACCAGCAGUUCCUCUGUGUCCAUGGGGGGCUUUCGCCCGAAAUCCACACACUGGACGACAUCAAGAAGUUGGACCGAUUCAAGGAGCCUCCAGCGUUUGGGCCCAUGUGUGACUUGCUCUGGUCGGACCCCCUGGAAGACUUUGGCAACGAGAAGACCCAGGAGUACUUUGGCCACAACACGGUCAGAGGAUGCUCCUACUUCUACAGUUAUCCUGCAGUGUGUGAGUUCCUACAGACCAACAACCUGCUGUCCAUCAUCAGAGCGCACGAAGCUCAGGACGCCGGAUAUCGCAUGUACAGGAAGAGUCAGACGACGGGCUUCCCCUCCCUCAUCACCAUCUUCUCUGCUCCCAACUACCUGGACGUCUACAACAACAAAGCGGCAGUGUUAAAGUAUGAGAACAAUGUGAUGAACAUCCGUCAGUUCAACUGCUCUCCACAUCCCUACUGGCUGCCCAACUUCAUGGAUGUCUUCACGUGGUCGCUGCCUUUCGUAGGAGAAAAAGUGACGGAGAUGCUGGUCAACGUUUUGAGUAUCUGCUCAGACGAUGAACUCAUGAACGACGGAGAGGAAAUUUAUGACGCCAGUGCAGCUGCAGCGAGGAAAGAGGUGAUCAAAAACAAGAUCCGGGCCAUCGGGAAGAUGGCUAAAAUGUUCUCCGUGUUACGGGAGGAGAGUGAGAACGUUCUGACCCUGAAGGGACUGACUCCCACCGGCAUGCUGCCCAGUGGGGUCCUGUCCGGGGGCAAGCAGACCCUGCAAAGUGCUACCAUUGAGGCCAUUGAAGCUAUCGAGACAGUUAAGGACGCCGAAGCCAUCCGAGGCUUCUCUCCGCAGCACCGGAUCAGCAGCUUCGAGGAGGCCAAAGGCCUGGACCGGAUCAACGAGAGGAUGCCGCCUCGGCGCGACGCCGUCAACAGCGUGGGGCUGUCGAUGGGCCGCAUGAACAUGGGCGAGCCCAACGGCACCGACAACAACAGCAAUAUCCAGUGAUCGACCGAAAAACAGAAAAACAAGCCCACUCCCACCUGCCUGCAGUCUGUACAGUGAAACCAUAUUUACCCAGUCGUGUACAUAGGCACAUAAAAGAGCAGAAACACACACACACACACUCAUUACACCACACACACACACAAACACACACAAGAUUAAAUACCCCCUCCCUUUGUUGCCCUCAGCUGUUAUUUAGCCAGACUUUACCGCAGAGAGGCGGAGGGUCUUUUCUGAGCCCGGUUCUUCAGAACUAAGCCUGAUCCUGACUCCUGACCCCUGAACCUGCACAACCAGAGGAGACGAUCUCCGAGAGCAGACCAGGACUCUGAGGAGAGCUGCUACCGUUUGCCGUGUGUUUGUGGGGAACCGCCGGGGGUGCUGGUGUGUGACGGUGUUGUGCCUGCGUCAGUCGGUGUGUGUGUGUGUGACGUUUGGGGGAGGGUGGGUGUGGAUCCAGCUGUUGGUGGGAGGGUGCGGAGGGACUAGGGCUGGAAAACUAUAUCAAACAUUCAAUUUUCUUUUGGGGAUUUUUUUUACGCACACACACACACACACACGCUUUAACUCCGUAGGAGUUCAUUCGAGAGAGUCGACGCGCGGCGAGGUGACCUCAGCCGCAGUCCAAUCUGAGCCCUCGCUUCUCUUCUUCUUCUGUUUGCUUUUGUAGCUCUGCACCAUAUUCACUGUCCACUUACAGAGUCGGGUGGAGGAUUUCCCCACCCAAAGCGCUCCGUCCAGACCUCUGGUCCAGGUCCAAGUCGACUCUUGAAGACCAGCCCCCACCGCGUCCCCCUCCCUAUCUGUUGCAUGUAAAUACAUAGAGGUUUUAUCACAGGGUGCAAUGCGUAGUAUAGAAGAAGAAUGCUUUAUAUGUGUGUGUGUGUGUGUGUGAGGGAGGGGUUAAAAUGUGAAGCUCUUCGUCCUCUUCUGCGUCCUCCUUUCUUCCCGUCUGGUCGCCGGACUUAGAAGCGGGAAGCGAUCGUUCAGAGGAAACGGACUCUUCUGGCGAAGGAAGGCGAAGCAGCGAGAAGAAGCCAAGAGGAUUAAGGUCUUUGUAAAGCAUUUAUAUUAACGCAUCAGUGCAUGCAAAAGUUAAGUUCUUUGAUAAUAAUGUGAAGAUUAUAUUUGUGCUGUGUGUUUUUUCGCUAUGGUAGGACGUUUUUUUUUUUCUUCUGUUUUUUUCUGGCUAAUAUAAGCAAACAGAGGUAUAACGAGUCAUUUAUUUUGUACAUAUUGUUGAUUCAGUUUAUUUUUUCUAUCAUUUUUUGUGUUUUUCUUUUUCACAAGGCGUGUUCUUCGGUCGGUUUGGACGCUUGUACAGAACGACGGUACGAUUCUUAUCCAGAGUGUCGAGUCCACGUUUCGCUUCUCUGUUUUCUUCGCCAUUGUACAGGCGUCGUUUUUAACGAUUAAACAUGAAUAACGAAUAUUAAACUAGCAUCGACGAAUGACCGUCCUAUAUACCGAGGCACAGGCAUUCAGGCAGCCGAAAGCAUGAUUGCAUGGUUAAAAUUUGCACCGUUGGAAAAGCAAAAAGCAGCAGCGGACACGUUUCAACGGCGUGUCACGAUUUAACGGGAAAACCGUGUACUCUCGUUCAUCAUCGAUGAUUCCUCUUGUUAUUUGAUGAUAUUUAUGAUUCUAUGAUUAUUAUGGUUCUAUUUAUUAUGGAGAAUAUUCUUAAUAUGUAAGCUCUAUCUCUCUCUCUCUCUGCUGGUUACUCUUCUUGUUGCGUUGCUCCUUGGUUGAUCUUGUGCUUCUUUGGGUGAGGUGAACCCCUGGGACACCCUGUGCCAUAGAAAUUGUGCCACGGUUCUGAAUCGUUUUCUAUCUUUUCAUAUUUUUUUUUUCUCGUUUCUGUUUUCUUUUAUCUUUCUCUCUUUGUUUUUUCUCUUGAGUUUCUUGGACAUUUCUUUUUGUUUAUUAAUUUAUUUGAGGCUCCUUUUGUUCAUUUUCUUUGUUUCUUUGGUUUAUUUCUUAAAUUCUUUGACAUUUCUUUUAUUUGUCUCUUAUUUCUUUUUGUUACUUUUGUGUUAAUCUCAUUUGUUUCUUUGUAAAAUUUGUGUUUUUUGUUUUCUUUUGUUUUGUUCUUUUGCGCUGACUCCCCAGUCACCAACACUGUAAGCAUGGCCCAUGGGACGAUCCACUUUUUUACUCUUGAAUAAAAUAUGCAUGAACCUUU